UGCAUUCGGGCUCGCUCAUAUAUAAGAAACGAAGAAAAACACUUGGAAAAUAUUAAAUUCAUUUGCAAUACAUUGGAGUAUGAGUAGUGAUUUCUACGUUCGUUAUUAUUCUGGUCACUAUGGCCGAUUCGGUCAUGAGUUUUUGGAAUUUGAUUAUCACAGCGAUGGACUCGCUCGCUACGCCAACAAUUCAAAUUAUAGAAAUGACUCACUUAUUCGAAAAGAGAUGUAUGUUAGUCCUUUAGUGUUGAAAGAAGUCCAAGCUAUCGUAGAAGAAAGUGAGAUAAUCAAAGAAUCCGAUGAGCAAUGGCCUAGGAAAAACAAGGAUGGAAAACAGGAACUAGAAAUCCGAAUGAAUGGAGAGCAUAUUAUGUUUGAGACUAGUAAACUGGGUAGUUUGGCGGAUGUUCAAAAUAGCGAAGAUCCUGAAGGAUUGCGAGUUUUUUAUUAUUUGAUUCAAGAUCUCAAAGCUUUAUGCUUCAGCUUAAUCUCCCUCAAUUUCAAGCUACGGCCAGUGAAAACAUAGCUGUCGUAUCACGUUUUCUAUAAACGAGUUAAAUGUAUGGCGGACAAAAACCGUAUUAUAAUCGCUCUUCUUCCUUUUAAAGCCUUUCUGGUUGUUUGAAAAGGCUUCUGAUCGUACAAUAGGAAAGUCGUGGAUAGGUGAUACUUAAUUGAAGCGUCUUUCCUGUGGAACAAAUUUCCUUGUUUCGAAUGUGGAAAAUAAAAAAAAAAGAAAAGAGAUAAGAUACGAGGUAUGAGGUAUAAGUACCUAACUACCCGGCCCGGUUUAUAUCUGAAUACUGAUACAACUGGUACUAUUAUAGCCAAACCUCCAUAUGGACAACAGCAUAACGAAGAUAUCUGUAAAUCUACUUUAUAAUUUUACCUCCUGUCCUUCAUUUUCUGUGGGCAUGGUUUUCACUAUAUUAGAUUUUUUAACUCGUUUUCAAAAACCUUGAAACAUUCCGUUGGAGGGAUGUUUGGCUUAUGUUUUCUUAUUUACUGUGAUAUAUUGUACUCUUCAAUGAAAUUGUCUUCAAAUGGAUAGCUGG